UAGUCCCUUAAUGUUGAUGACUCUGUAUGUAACGUAUUUCGUUAAUAGAAGCAUCUGUAGAGGGAUUGUCUGUUUCGCGUCUCUUGCAUUGACCAGCACAGAGGCCGGGAGGCUGAGCCGAUUGUGCAAGCAGUUUCUUGCCUCACGAUUCAGUGUCAACAUGAUCGUCAUGGCGGAGUCCAAGAAAAUGAUGAGCGUGCAGAAGUUUAUGGAGGCAAUCAGCUAUGUGUAUCUCAGCAACCACCCAUCACCCUAUCUGAAAAAGCCCAUUGUGCCCCAAGUGCGACUCGAGAGGCUACCACACCGCACCAUUGAGAAGUACACAAAGAGGCAACAAAGGCAUAAAAGCAAAUCAUCCAAACCUGCCAUCUCAAGUCUGAACUCUUCCACAAAAAAAGCAUCACAAAAAUACAGGAUCAUUAGCUGCCCCUCCAUCACAUCCCAAAAUGUCCCUUAACCUUCCACUGACAGAGAAUCAGAACAUUAGUUUAAACAACAGAAAAG